GGUGUAAAUAGAAAAAGAUCUUGUACCGAUGUAUUAUGUAUUCCAGUGUUUAUUUUGUUCUGGAUUGGCUUAUUUAUUAUUGCUGGUUUCGGUUUUUGGUCAGGAAAUCCAGCAACUCUUGUAGAACCUUUAGAUUAUGCUGGUAAUAUGUGCGGAUAUGCUGUUGGAAAAGGAAAUUCUAAUGUCUUUGAUUUAUCGAACAGGACAUAUUUAUGGUAUCCUUUCGAGUUCAGACCAGACCAAUUGAAAGAUAUUACUACCUCUAGGUUAAUUUCUGCCUUAGGGCUUGGCAUUUGCGUGGAAUCCUGCCCUGAGAAUGUAGUCAGCCUUAUUAGCCCUUUAACAAAUCCUCUAUGGGAUGCAAUUGUUUGUAGAUAUGACUCUAAUGCAACAACUGCUUAUGAUAAGGCCUUGCUUGCCUACAAUGGUGAUGGCUUCUUUAAAAGAUGCAUUCCAACCUUUGAAAAUUCAACCAUUGAUUCAUUUACUAAAUUAACUUUCCAACAAACUUUGAAAAUUUCAAAUGGACUCAAACAGGGAUUGAGUGAGGUUGGAAAAUCAUGGCUGCCGAUUCUUAUUUCAUCAGUUUUAUGCGUGAUUUUAUGUUUUGUAUUUGUAUUAUUUAUGAGACUAUUUGUUGGAAUUGUAGUAAGGGUUAUUGUUAUGGCAUUCGGUAUUGUUUUGGGUGUUGCUGGUGGUUAUAUUCUAUAUAUCGGUGUCAAGAAAUAUGUUGCAUCAGAAGUAGAUGGUGUUAUUGACACUGAUUUAAGAACUGCUGCAAAUUGGUGGUUGGCCAUUGGUGGUAUUAUUUUAUCAAUUUUACUUAUUUACUUAGUAUUAAUGAUUUUCCUUUGGGGUAGAAUUAGUAAGGCUAUUGCAAUUAUUAAGGAAGGAAGUAGAGCUGUUAACAAAUUCCCAUCUAUGAUUAUUAUCCCAGCAGUUAUGUUCUUUUUAAUUUGUGGUUUAACAGUAUGGUGGGCAACUGUUUCUAUUUUCCUUCAAAGUACUCAAAAGCCUGUCACAAUUAGCUCAACUGAUGCUAGAUGGGCUUCCUAUAUGAAUUCUAUAUCGGACUUUAUGAACACCUCUAGAUUGGCAAAUAGUUCAAUUACUAUUGAUCAAGGAACAACAGCUCUCCAAGUAUUGAACUUGUAUAAUUUAUUUUCAUAUUUCUGGGCUGUUGCAUUUGUAGAUGCCUUGGCAUAUGUAACAAUUGCAGGUGUAGUUGCAUCUUGGUAUUUUGGUGGUAUUGGUGAUGACAAGAAGUCUGAAAAAUUCUCAGUUGCAAAGUCAUUUUGGAGAGCAAUUAGAUACCAUAUCGGCUCCAUUAUCUUUGGUUCGUUGGUAGUUGCGAUUGUUCAGAUGAUAAGGUACCUAUUUAAGAAGUUAAAGUCGCGGUUUGAAAAUUUAGCAAAAGCAAACACAGUAGCUACAUGGAUUUUGAAAGUAUUUGAUGGAAUAUUGUGGGUGAUUGAAAAGAUUGUCAAGUUUAUGAACAAGAAUGCUUACAUCAUGAUUGCUAUUCACGGUGGAAACUUUUUAAUGAGUUCUUCUAGAGGUUUUAUGAUCGUGCUUGAAAAUAUUUUGAUUGUUGGUACUACUAACACAAUCAGUGAUGUGGUCUUGUUCCUUGGUAAGAUUUUGUUAACAGUUGUUAGCUCUGUAAUCUGCUAUUUGAUUAUUGACUUGAACAAUAUGUAUCUCUUCUUUAACCCAGUACUUCCAGCAAUUGAAUAUGGUAUCAUUCCCUCUCUUGUUUGCGCUGUCAUUACUUUCAUUAUCACCACUCUUUUCAUGAAUCUUUACGAUACAGCUAUUGAUACUAUUUUAUUGUGUGUCAGUUAUGAGUUGUGGAUCAAUCCUGGUGAAUGUAAGGGCCCAUACUUUAUGACCUCAAGAUUGAGAAAGAUAUAUCUUGGAAAG